AUGCCGAUCGGAGCACCAGUCGCCAUUGAGCCCCGCGGCUCGGUCGGCGGAUCGCGCGGAGAUUCCCAUGCGCACGUUCAUGUCCACGUGCCACGCGCUGAUUCGCGGCUGCUGAGCCACGUGGCCUUCGAGGCGACAGAUGAGCUGGACCUGGCCCUUCAAUCUCUCCACGCGCGUCUCAAGCCGCUUCUCGCGUCGGACAGCGAAGGCGACGUGCACAGCCAGUUGCAGGAAAUGGUAUCGGAAGGCGCGCAACAACAUGCCGACGUGGUCAACGGUCUCCUCUACGCCAUCCUCAUCGCGUCGCACAAAGCCGGUCCGCCGCCCUCGCCGACGUCGCACGCGGCUCCGGCAGCGGCGGUGCGACUGUUCGGAAUCCUGUGCUCCGUGACGCGCGAUCAUCACGCGUCGCUUCUAGCGACGCUUCAGCGAUUAGCGAGCGACAAGUGGAGCAAGCUCCAGGACCACGUGCGCGCGCAGGUCAUUUGGAUCCUCCGGCAGUUGGUUCAGCUAGCCGUUCAGGAAGCAGAAACGCUCUUUCUCUGCCUCUUCCGUCAGGUCUCCGGCGGCGAUCUCAGCGUGGGAAAUGUGUGGUUAGCUCGGCAAUUACUCGACGUCCUCCGUACCAACGCGCAGUGGCUUUACACUCUCCCGAAUCUUCUCGCCCUCUCGUUAUACACGUUCCUUAGGCUUCUACCAGACCAUGCGGUUAGUAAGGCGCCAACCGUAGUAGAGCUGAAGCAGCAGGAGGUCGCGUUUUGCACGCAGCUGAUUAGGGAGCGGUUUCAGGACUGCCUGGUAAUUGGUCGCGACUUAGUGCGUCUGCUGCAGGAUGUAGCGUUGAUUCCGGAAUUCGAGCCGAUUUGGAGGGACUUGGUGCAUAGACCGGAGACUAUGGGCGCGCCGGGGUUUUCCGAUUUAGCUCAGCUGUACGUCGUGCGGACGCCGACGCGUUUCAUCACGUCGCGAGUUACGCCCGAAAUGGAGUCGCAGCUUCGCUUUCUCCUCGCACACGUGCGCAUGGGCCACCAGCGGCGCUACCAGACGUGGUUUGCCACCCGGUUUCUCGCCGCCCCGGAGAGCGAGUCCCUCGUGGCGGAUUUGAUUCGUUUCGUCUGCUGCUCGGUGCAUCCGACCAAUCAGGUGCUGCAAUCCGACGUGGUGCCACGCUGGGCGAUUGUCGGUUGGCUGCUCAAAUGCUGCAGAAGCUGCCACAUGGAGGCAAAUGCCAAGCUGGCGCUCUUCUACGAUUGGCUCUUCUUCAUGCCCAAGACAGACAACAUCAUGAACAUCGAACCCGCGAUGCUGUGCAUGGUCCAUUCCCUUCCCAAAUACGCCAUUAUGACCAACUCCCUCCUGGAAUUCCUCUUCCUUCUCCUAGAUAACUACGACGCGGCGCAUAGAGACGUGAUUCUCCGCGGAAUUUCCGCCUCGAUCGACAUUUUGGUCGGCAAGGGAGUCGUGCCUAGUCUCGAGCCGCUAGCCACAAGCGGCUUCAUUCCGACAAAGCUUCGUGAGCGGCUUCAGGCGCUUUUUCCUGCGCAUUGUCGGCUCGACGCGUCUCCCCAUCGGUACUUACCCCCCUCACCCCUGCAUGACCCGCACCAUGCGGAAAGAGCUGCGGCGGCGGGAAUACCUGGGGGAGGGGGAGGGGCAGUGGGGAGAGGGGGCCAAGCGCGGGGGAGCGGGGCUUUGGUGAAGUCCCCAAGCCCUUCCCCCCCGCAUUUGGCAGCGGAGAGGGACGGCAUGGGGAAUAUUGUUGGCAGCGGAGCGGGGAUAAGGGCGGCGGAGGAACAGCGAGGCAAGGAAGGGCAGGUGGCGGAGUUGGGGGAAGUGGGGGAAGUGGGCGCAGGCGUUAGCGGAAGCCAUCCUGUGGGUGGUUCUGCUGCUGCAGCCGUUGCCGGGAAGGGCGCGGUUGACGCAAGUGGGUCCAUCACUGGCGCGAGGGCGGCGGAAGAUGCGGAAAUGGGGGAGGCUAGCGCUGCAGGGGAAGACCAGGCUGGUGGAAAAGGCCCUGGCGGAGCGGGGAAACGUAGCAAGUCUCCGGAGGGCGCAGAGAUGGAACUAGGGGAGCGCGCCGGAGGGGAGAGCGAGGCGGCGGAGGGAGGGAGUGGUAAAAGGGAGCGGAAGAGGAAGAGGGAGGAGAAGGAGGAAGGGGAGGAGGAAGCGGAGGAGGGAGGGGAUGUGGAGGCUGGGGAGGUGGAGGGAGGGGAGGUGGUGGAGGAGGAAGGGAAAAGAGAGCAUAGCGAGGAGAGAGAGGGCAUGGACGAGGAGAUGAGGGCUAUAGAGAGAAUGGUAAAGGGUAUGGAAGAAGCUGCGGAGGCAGGGGACGGGGCGAAGGUCAUUGGCGGAUUCAAGGCGUUCCUGGUGGCUUUAAGAGGCGAGUAUCCAGUCAGUGAAGCUGGCGGGCGGAAGCCGCAGGGGCAAGCUGAGGGGAAGGCGCAAGGGAAUGAGUACGGGGAACUGGAGGGCGGGCAGGAGAUGGAAAAAGAGGGCAAAGGGGGAACGGGGGGAACUGCAGGGAGGGCGAGGGAGCGGCGACCUGUGGUGAAUGAGGAACAACGGGAUGAGGAAGACGCGCGGUUGGAUGAGGAACGAUCUGACAGGAGCGUCGACUCGGAUGUGACUACAGAAAGAGGCACUACAGAGGGGGAGACGGCGAGCGAUGCUUGCGAGGAUGGCAGGAAAGGGGAGGAAGCAACGGCGACAGCAGCAGAAGCAGCAGCCGACGGGGCAGCCUCCCUGUCUCCUAGUCGGUUGAACGAGCUGCAGCUGCCGCUACCCUGCCUUCCUGCCACCGUGGGAACUUUGGAAGGUUCUUCUAGGGACGGUGUCACUGGGAACGAUGCUUUUGGGAAUGAGGCUGCUACUGGGAAGGAUGCUUCUGGGAGUGGUGCGUCUGAGGACGGUGCAUCUGGGAACGGUGUAUCUGCUGGUGCAGCUGGUGUGAAGGCGAAGCUUGGAACGCCAUACCCGUUAGAAGGCGCCGCGUUAUCAAACUGGACGUCAACGUUGAUGGUUCUGCAUGAGUAUGUUUUGCAGAAUGAGUGGUGGUGGAGAGAGCGGAGGGCGGGUGGUGGUGGGGAGGAUGGGGAGGAGAACCAGGGGGAGCAGAGAGAAGAGGCGAAUGCGAUGGACGCUACAGGAGGGGAGGAGGGCCAGCGGAGUGGAAAAGGAAAAGAAGAUGGGGAGGGCGAGCAGGACGGUGAGGCGACUGACAAGGACAAGGGUGAAUGCGGUGGGUAUGACUUGAACUUCUUGCUGCCAGUAGAGGAGCUGCUUAUAUCGUGGCAUGACAUGGGCCAGCCAGUUACUGCCUGGUUGCUGUGUGUGGGUGCAGCAGCAGCGGAGAAAGAGCAACUGAGUGCGGCCGAUGCACUUGCAGCAGCAGCCAGGGCAGCUAGUGGUACAGAAGUUGCUACUAAGCCUGCGUCUUCAGUUGAUGCCCGUUCGAAAAGGGAUACUCAGGGGGCUGGGUCCUCGACUGGAGGGGAGGGCAGAGAGGAGAGUGACGAGGGUGGGGAACAAAGAGGGGGGUGUAGGGGGGUGCCAGCAGAAGUGGUUUUUGGUUUCUAUGAGCGCCUGGUUAUGCUGUGCUGGGAGCGAGGCAAGCAGGCUUCGUCAGCAGGUGCAGCAGGCAUCUCAGGAGGACCAGGAGCAGCAGAAGGAAGAGGAGCAGCAUCGGAGGAAAAAGCAGAGGAAGAGCAGAAGCGAGAGGAAGAGGAGAAGCGGGAGGACAAAGUGCCACCAAGGAAAAGGUGGUCAUCUAUACAGGAAAAGGAGGAUAAGGAGGCGAGGGAAGCAAGCCAGAAGCAGAAGCGAGAGGAAGAGCAGAAGCGGGAGGAAGCGCAAAAGCGAGAGGCAGAGCAGAAGCAGGAGGAAGAGAAGAAGCGAGAGGGAGAGCAAAAGCGGGAGGAAGAGCAGAAGCGGGAGGAAGAGGAGCAGCUGGAGGAAGAGGAUGAGAUAGAUAAAGAGCUGGAACAGAAGCUGCAGAAGCUGCGGCAAGAGCAGCGAGAGCAGCGAGAGCAGCAGCGACAGCAGGAGGAUCUGUGGAUGCCGUUAAUUGGAGACAGCUGGUCCUGGGACGGGCAGGAGCAGCAGUGGUUAUGGCAGUUGGCAGCUGCUGAGGCUGCUGGUUGGAUUCACACCAAAAAAGGGCUUGCAGGAGAAGAGAGCACUCGCAGGCCUGGGGAUGCUGCUGCUGCAUGCAACCCCGUCCGCCCCCCUCGUCUCCACACUCCUCUCCCUGCCUGCUGA